AAUAAUAUCCCUUCUGUGUUCUGGACAUUGUUUGGGUCUGGGAACCCUAACCCUAAAAUCCUUAUAAUUUGGAUAAUCGAAGCGAGUGAGAAAAUUGUGUUGAUCUAGAUGGUUGCGCAGUCUCUGGACGUGGUUCACCAGCAUAUAAUGGUUGCUAUGAGAGCGGAAAAGAGUUCCAAUUCCAAAGCUAAGGCCAAGAAUGCCGGAAAAGGGCCCAAGGGGGGGAAGAAAUCGAACGCUUCCGCAAUGCCGCGGAGGUCGAGCGCUCGAAUCCAAGCGUUGAAGAAAGCGGAGGAGGAGGUUCUUGCUCGUCAAAAGUCCGAGGAGAUUCCUUCUCGUCAAGAAGCGGUGUUAGUCGAGGACAAAGACGAAUGCGACGAGGUUGCCGCCAAGCCGAAGAAGAAGCACCGAACAAAGAGUGGCGGCGAGGAGGAAGAAGACGCUGCCUCACGGCCGAGGAAGAAGAAGAAGCCGGCGGUGGCGGCAUGCCCCAACGGUGACGUGAGUGCGAAGGAAGAAUCGGAGAAUGUGGCCGGGGUUGGUGGUUCCGGAGAGAAGAGUGACUUGGCUAAGGUCAAAGAGACCAUUAGGAUAUUUAAUAAAUACUAUCUGCAUUUUAUUCAGGAAGAAGAGAAGAGGUGUGCGAGGGAUGAUGCUAGUAAGGGUUCUAAGAAUGCUUCCAAAUCCAAGAAGAAAGAUUCAAAGAAUGGAUCUAAAAAGGAUUCGAAUUUCAGGAAGAAAGAUGCUACACCACCACCUAAAGAUUCAAAGAAGGGUUCUAAACGACCAGAUCUAAAGGCCAUAACGAAGAUGAUGGGAAACAACGAGAUACUGUACCCUGAAAAAAGAAUCGGCAGCAUUCCAGGUAUUCAGGUUGGGUAUCAGUUCUAUUCUCGUGCUGAAAUGGUUGCAGUUGGUUUUCAUAGCCACUGGUUAAAUGGCAUCGAUUUUGUUGGCAUGGCUUAUUCCAAAGUGUAUAGCAACUAUGAAUUACCAGUUGCUGUUGCAAUUGUUUUAUCAGGCAUGUAUGAGGACGACUUGGACAACGCUGAGGAUGUCAUCUACACAGGUCAAGGGGGACAUAAUCUGACAGGUAAUAAGCGGCAAAUUAAGGACCAGUUGUUGGAGCGGGGUAACCUGGCUCUCAAGAAUUGUGCUGAGCAAUGUGUGCCUGUUAGAGUCAUUCGUGGUCAUGGAUCUUCAAGCAGUUACACUAAGAAAGUAUACACAUAUGAUGGCUUGUACAAGGUUGUCAAUUAUUGGGCAGAGAAGGGAAUCUCUGGGUUUACUGUCUACAAGUUUCGACUUAGGAGGCUGGAAGGGCAAUCUACAUUAACCACAAAUCAGGUGUAUUUUACCAAUGGACGGGUACCGCGUUCUUUAGCGGAAAUACGAGGUUUGGUUUGUGAGGAUAUCAGUGGAGGUCAAGAAGAUGUGCCCAUUCCGGCUACCAAUUUGGUUGAUGAUCCCCCUGUUCCACCUACAGGUUUUACAUAUUGUAAGUAUGUUAAGGUUGCAAAAAAUGUGAAGCUUCCCACCAGUGUCUCUGGGUGCAGAUGCAAAGGGGAUGGUUGUAGGGACCCAACAACCUGUGCAUGUGCGACGCUUAAUGACUCUGAUUUUCCCUAUGUAUCUCACAAUGGUGGCAGGUUAGUUGAAGCGAAAGAUGUUGUAUUUGAAUGUGGUCCCAAAUGUGGUUGUGGUCCUAAUUGUGUGAACCGAACUUCUCAAAAGCCGCCGAGAUAUCGGCUGGAGGUUUUCCGCACUGCCAAAAAAGGAUGGGCUGUUAGAUCCUGGGAUUUUAUACCUUCUGGAGCGCCAGUUUGUGAGUACACAGGAAUACUUGCUAGAACGGAAGAUAUGGACAGUGUAUUGGAAAACAAUUAUAUUUUUGAGAUUGAUUGCUUGCAAACAAUCAAGGGUCUUGGUGGAAGAGAGAGGCGGUCACAAGAUGGGGAGAUUCCUACAAAUCUUUUGGGAAAAUAUGAUGAUCAAAGUUCUGAAAGUGCACCAGAGUUUUGCAUUGAUGCAGGGUCUACUGGAAAUGUUGCUAGGUUUAUAAACCAUUGUUGUGAGCCUAAUCUAUUUGUUCAAUGUGUCUUGAGCACACACCAUGAUUUGAGAUUGGCUCGUGUGAUGCUGUUUGCCGCCGACAACAUACCUCCUUUGCAGGAACUAACCUAUGACUAUGGUUAUGCGCUUGACAGCGUCUUGGACUCUGAUGGAAAUAUUAAGCAAAUGCCAUGCUAUUGUGGAGCUCCAGAGUGCAGGAAGCGAUUAUUCUAACUGCUACCUUUUCCUUUAUAGCAAAACUUGUCUGGUCUUUUUUUGCACAACUAGUGUGGUAUCGUAUUGGUUUUGCACAACUAGUUUGGUAUCCUAUUAGUUUUUUGCACAGCUAGUGAUGUUUGCAGCAUAUACUUUGGGCCGAAAUGGCAGUAUUAGUUUUUUGCACAACUAGUGAUGUUUGCAGCAUAUACAUUGGGCCGAAAUGGCAGCAAAGUAACAUCGAUAUAGAAUUUUUUGCAUUUUAGAAAUGAAAUUGAUGCAAGGUAGAAUGAUUUUGCA